AUGGCAACCUCGAGCGAUGCCGGCAUGAUCAUGUCGGAUGCCCCAUCGCGGCCCGGCCGGAGGAACUCGCGCCCCCGCGCGCCCCCUUCCGAGAGCCUGGCUGCCCCGAGCGACGACGAGGCCGAGGGCUUCGCCGACGACCAGAUCCCCGGCCGCGCGCGCCGCGUUGGUGGUGCUGCGCAGGACGUGCCGCGCGUCGAGGACAGGAUCGGCAUCACGGUGCAGGAGCACUUUGAGAACUUUAUCGAGGAGUUCAUUGAGGAUCCCUCAUCGUCGGGCGCCCCGACGUCCAGCGCCGUGACCACGGACAAGUACUACGUCGCCCAGAUCCACGCCAUGCGUGUCUACCAGCUGUCGACCUUCUACGUCAACUACGACCACAUCGCCGCCUACCAGAACGGCGGCCUGUCCAACGCCAUCAACAGCCAGUACUACCGCUUCCUGCCCUUCCUCACCAACGGCCUGCACAACAUGAUCGCCAAGCACGAGCCCCAGUACUUCCGUGAGCAUCGCCAGCCCACCGCCUCCAGUAACCAGACCACCUCGGCCGCCAGCAACGCCGGCUCCGGCUCCGGCUCCGGCUCUGCCAGCCAGUCCGAGGCCGCCCAGGGCAGCAAGACGGCCAACCAGCAGACGGACAAGCUGUUCGCCAUCGCCUUCUACAACCUGCCCCUGGUCUCGCGCGUCCGCGCCCUGCGCGCCAAGAACAUCGGCCAGCUGCUCUCCAUCUCGGGCACCGUCACCAGGACCUCCGAGGUACGCCCCGAGCUCUCGCUGGCCACCUUCGCCUGCGAGGCCUGCCGCGCCGUCGUGCCCAACGUCGAGCAGACCUUCCGCUACACCGAGCCCACCCAGUGCCCCAACAUGCAGUGCAACAACCGCCUCGCCUGGCAGCUCGACAUCCGCCAGAGCACCUUUGUCGACUGGCAGAAGGUCCGCAUCCAGGAGAACAGCGCCGAGAUCCCCACCGGCAGCAUGCCUCGCACCAUGGACGUCAUCCUUCGUGGCGAGAUGGUCGACCGCGCCAAGGCCGGCGAGAAGUGCAUCUUCACCGGCGCCCUGAUCGUCGUGCCCGACGUCUCCCAGCUCGGCCUACCCGGCGUGCGCCCCACGGCCAUCCGCGAUGACCGCAACGCCCCCCGCGGCAACGACGUGGGCGGCAGUGGCGUCUCGGGCCUCAAGGCCCUGGGCGUGCGCGACCUGACCUACCACUUGGCCUUCCUCGCCAACAUGGUCAACUCGGACACCUCAACCCCGGGCUCCAAUGCCCAACGGCCCGUCCAGGACAUCAUCGGCUCCCUCACCCAGGCCAACGCCGAGAACGCCGAGACGGUCGAGGAGGCCCAGUCGGCCGUCCUGAGCUCCAUGACCCCCGCCGAGAUCGACGAGCUGCGUGACAUGGUGCACAGCAGCCACAUCUACAGCCGCCUCGUGCAGUCCAUCGCCCCCAUGGUCUACGGCCACGAGAUCGUCAAGAAGGGUAUCCUGCUGCAGCUCAUGUCCGGCGUCCACAAGACCACCGCCGAGGGCAUGCAGCUCCGUGGCGACAUCAACAUCUGCGUCGUCGGCGAUCCGUCCACCUCCAAGUCCCAGUUCCUCAAGUACGUGUGCUCCUUCGCGCCCCGUGCCGUCUACACGUCUGGCAAGGCCUCGUCGGCCGCCGGUCUCACGGCCGCCGUCAUCAAAGACGAGGAGACGGGCGAGUUCACCAUCGAGGCCGGCGCCCUCAUGCUGGCCGACAACGGCAUCUGUGCCAUUGACGAGUUCGACAAGAUGGACAUUGCCGACCAGGUCGCCAUCCACGAGGCCAUGGAGCAGCAGACCAUCUCCAUCGCCAAGGCCGGCAUCCAGGCCACCCUCAACGCCCGCACCUCGAUCCUGGCGGCCGCCAACCCCGUCGGUGGGCGGUACAACCGCAAGACGACCCUCCGUGCCAACAUUCAGAUGUCGGCCCCCAUCAUGUCCCGUUUCGAUCUCUUCUUUGUCAUUCUCGACGAGUGCAACGACCAGAUCGACAGGCAUCUUGCCGAGCACAUCGUGGGCAUCCACCAGCUCCGCGACAGCGCCAUAGAACCCGAGUUCAGCACCGAAUGUCUACAGCGCUACAUCCGCUUCGCCCGAACCUUCCGCCCCGAGUUCACAGACGAGGCGAGGGAGCAGCUCGUGAAGCGGUACAAGGAGCUGCGUGCCGACGACUCCCAGGGAGGCAUCGGCAAGAACAGCUACCGGAUCACCGUCCGGCAGCUCGAGAGUCUGAUCCGCCUGUCCGAGGCCAUUGCCAAGGCCAACUGUGUCGAGGGGAUCAGCGCAGAGUUCGUCGAUGAGGCUUUUGGACUUCUGCGCCAGAGUAUCAUCAGCGUCGAGCACGACGACGUGGAGAUGGACGAGGACGAGGACGAGACCCCAGAAGAUGCUGCCGAGCUGAUCGCUGCCGCGGAUGCCGCUUCUGGAGCUCAGCGGCCCGCCGAGGACGAGGAGGGCGACGCCGCCAUGGCCAACGCCGACGGCUCGCCCUCUCAAGCCCAGGCGAGCGGAGCGCAGAAGAAGAAGACGGCCAUCACCUACGAGAAUUACAUUGCCAUGGUGAAUCUUUUCGUUAGCCGUGUGAACGAGAAUGAGUCAGCAGGCGAAGGCGAGGGCGUCGAGGCAGAGGAUCUCUUGCAGUGGUACUUGGAACAGAAGGAGGAGGAGCUCGAAGGCGAGGAGGAUUACCAUCGCGAACUGGCCCUGUCGAAGAUGGUAUUGAAGAAAAUGGUGAAGGACAACAUUCUUAUGGCCGUGCGCGGCGAAGGCCUAGCUUCAGGCGAUGGCGAUGAUGACAGCGGCGAAGCGGCUGAGCAGAAGAUCGUCUACGUCUUGCACCCCAAUUGUGCUGUCGAAGAGUACUGA